UCCGAUCAAAAGAGCUCGACAGACCCAGACACGCCAACAGCUCAGCCUUCGUGGUGACCACUUUUUUUGUUCACCAGUCCACACCAGUCCCCCGGUCUGCCCGUAGGAUAAAUCCUAGUACCAUCACCCACAGCCAUGUGACACACACCAACAGAUUGUUUGCAUCCGCUUCCUCUGCCAUUGCAAAAGCGAUGAACGAUGAAGAGGAGAGCGAGGAGAUCUCAGAUGCCACCCUCGAACGCAACGACACCAUGGAGAUGGAAGAGGAUGGAGAUGAGGUCUCGGUGUCCUCGAAAUCCUCGAAAUCCUCGGAGGUCUCGGAGGUGGAGCAAAGUUCUCUGGCCAUGAUCUCGAGAUAUCAGGUGGUCCAAGACCACAGUUUCGACGAGAUCCAACUUCCCACGGCCACGGCCGAACAGAUCCGGCUGUGUUGGGCCGCCUUUUUCGCCAAGAUGCCCAGCCGCGAAGCGGCCGGCGAGGCGAUCUACGAUGUUCUUAUGGAAGAAGCCCCAGGCGUCGCAGCGCUCUUUAAGUCCGCUCGCUCGGUCUUCGGCCUCCGCUUCAUCGAGGGCUUAAACAGCCUGGUCGUGGAGAUCAACGAGCCAGCCGCUCUCAAGAAGCAGGUCGAGACCCUGGGAUAUCAGCACUUGGAUUACGACGUGACCACCGCCCGUGUGGAGCUCGUCCGGGAUGGGAUCCUGCAGGUCAUGGAGCAGGAGAUGGGAGCGCAAUUUACCAGUUUCUACCGUGACUCCUUCUCCGCUCUCCUGAACUACGUGGGAGGAGCCUUCAUGUACAUUAAGAGAGAGCUGGCUGGCCACAUCAAGAUCAUCCAAAGGAGUUGGCGUUUGGCUCGGAAGGUGAUGGAAGAAGAAGCUGUCCACCAGCAAGAAGAGCCAGAUUCUCCCCUCUCUGUGCCGCAGGUGCCGUCGGCGCCGUCGGAGGCGGCCACAGAUGAGAAGGUGAAGGCGAAGGAGGCCAAGGAAGAGACCGAGGAGGAGAAGGGCGCCAAGGAUAAAAAUAGCUUGCAGGUCCCGACGAGUUUCGAGGGCAUGUUCCUUUUCAAUGCCGCCGUCAUGGGUUAUGGCGAGUCCUCCUGGAUGAAGAUCGUCUUGGACCACUUGGACGCCAUCGCAGUCAAUGUGGCCAACACCAGCCGACUGCAGGAAGAAUGCUUUGUUCUCACGAUCCAUUUGUCCAAGGUGAAGGAUUCGGUAAACCUGCCAGAGUUCAAGGCAGUGAUGCUCGCAGCUUUGCGUUCCAUCGUGCCUGAUGAAUGGAACAUGGAUCACGAGAUGGCCUGGAACUGGCUCUGGGAGAGCGUGGAGCGGAUCAUCUCGUCCACCAUCUCCUUCCCACGGGCCUAUGAGAAGACGAUCCGGACCUUCCUCUUCGAGCAGAGUGAGGCGAACAUGAAUCAGCUGCGGGCACAAACCUAUUCCUGCUUCUUCCAGCGCUGCCCCUCUGGGCAGGACCACUUCAAGCAGUCCACCACGCGGCUCUAUUUCAUCCUGGACCGGAACUAUGAGAUGGUCCUGGAGAUUUUCGAGAACCCAGCGAAGGUGGUCGAGGACUUAUCGGCCCUCGGCCUGCGACAUGUGGGCUUCGGAGUUCCUGUGGAGUUCUUCCCACCCUUUGUCGCUUCCGCCGUCGAAGCCCUGAACACCCUCACCACGGACGAGGCCAUUUCCCAAGCCUUCACGUGGAGCGAAACGUUGAUUUCCAAGAUCUUGAUGAGGGUCAUCCUGGAGGGCUCCACGAUCGUGAUGAAGGCGAUUAACCUCAACGAAGAGGCAGCCCUUCGAAAAGCCAUUUCAGUGGCGCCUCGGGGGCAGCGCGCGCAGCAGCUGCUGAACAUUACGGCUGGGACGCAGUCCUUCUCGCCGCUCUUUUGGGCGAUCGACAGUGGGUCCUUGAACUCGGCCAAGGCCAUCAUCCAGGACUUGUUGACCAUCCGUGCGGAUCGAGAGGUCUACUACUAUGGUUGUGAGGAACUCUUUCGCCGACACCCGAACAUCAUCAAGCGCCUCUGUACGAGUGCUCCGACGCUCUUGGAAACGCUCCUGGACGGCUUGAUCUGGCGUUCCCGGGUGACCAGCGAAGGCCUGCGACGAGUGAACUACUACAUCAAGCACUUGAUCCAGGAUGAGGAGGGCAACUUUGCACCUGCCAUGGACGAUGUCGUCCAACAUGCCGACCCCAAGAUUGCAAGCCACCCGUGCAUGAUCUUGGCCACGGACAUGGUUUGGUUCAAGUUUGCCACCUUCUAUUUCUUGCUGAGCCGCGGCUAUUUCCUGUUCACCUUGCUGGUCUUCGCCUCGGGGCAGACCAUCCUUGUGAGACACCAGGAGAUGGAGACACAGGAGGAGACGCGACGGUGGAACCACCACCCGAGCGACGGACGGGUCGACCGGCCCUUCACGGCUUCCCUCGAGCCCUCCCAGACGCGACGGCUCUGGGGCUCUGGCGAAACGGCCGGGCCAGGGGUGGUGGUGCCCGGAGGGUCAGUUGAUAGGCAUCAAUGGCAGUGCCAUGGAGUGCAGGGGAUUGAUUGAAUGGUCUGUCUGCCAUGGAGUGUAGGGACCGCCCCAGUCCCGUGCGAAACGUCACUGGACCGUGCGGAGCGCGCGGAGCGACCGAACGGGGAAGUGACCGAAAGCGACGCUCCGGCGCUCCCAGUCAAUAUCACUUAAUUGGGUUAGUUAGACUUGGUUUUGCUUAGGGUGAUGGAACCAACAUGGAAGUGGAGUUCACCCCCUGUUUGUAAAGGAAAGUAGUCUUCCAAGGGACCAUGCCAUCCACAUAAGCAAUGUUAGUG